UACUUCUCACAUUUAUUAUCAAACAAUAUCAGAAAUUCUUUCACCUGGUUCUGUAAUAUUUCAAUCAAAUAUUUCUACUACAGAAAAUCUUCAAUAUUCUUUACAAGAUUAUAACCCUAAUGUUUUCUCAAUCGAUUCAAAUAUCGGACAAGUAACACUUGUUAAUUAUUUAUCUGAUCGAUUUUAUUCAUUUAAAAUUCAUGUUUCUCCAAUCAAUAAAAUAUUCAUUAUUAAAUUAAAUAUUCUCGAUUAUAAUAAUCAUCGUCCAAUAUUUUUUAAUCUUCCAUUAAAUCUAACAAUAUCAUCUGAUGAUACAUUUGUAACAAAAUUAUCUGCAUAUGAUCUUGACUUAUAUGAUAAUGAAAAUCUAAAAUAUUAUAUUUUUGAUAAAGAUCAAGAAAAUUUUUUUUCAAUCAAUGAAAAAACUGGUAUAAUUACACAACAAGCUUUUUUAAAUCAAACUUUUUCGAAAUUGAAAAUUGCUGUUAGUGAUGGUUUAUAUCUAACUACAAAUUAUCUAUCAAUAACUAUUUAUGAUUAUUGGAAACAUUCUCCAAAAUUUUCUUCUAAUAAAUAUCUAUUUCAAUAUAAUAAAAUUCUUGGACAAAUAUCAGCUUAUGAUUUAGAUCAAAACGAUCGAAUAAUUUAUAAACUUUAUCUCGAACCCGAUGGAAUUAAAAUUGAUCCAUAUUCAGGUUUAAUUACAAUUCAUAAAGAUUUUUUUCCUCAAACAAUUGAAUUUUUUGCGUCGGCAUCUGAUUAUGCACAAC